AUGCACCGCGCACUUCUUAUCUCAGAAGUUGCCCGGAACAUAACCUACUGCCAAUCAGAAAAGAAGGCUCUCGCGGCUUUGGCUCAGACUUGCCGCGCGUUCUCUGAGCCUGCUUUGGACGCUUUGUGGAGGGAGUUGGACUCGCUGUUGCCCUUACUAGAGUGCCUUGGUAAUGCCAUCUCUCGGUGCCCUUCAUUCCAGUCUGGUCAGAAAAUGUAUGGCCUUUCCCGGGUGCUGCUCCCGACCGACUGGAUAGUAUUCAGAAAGUACGCGUCAAAAGUUGUCGAACUGAAGUCGAUCACACCUCCCAAAUCGUCAUCCAGUCCUCACAUUGAUGACGAUGUUUUUCGCGCUCUGUGUUGGCCUCCCACGUUCGAGCCGCUGUUUCCCAAGCUCCAACGCCUCAUAUGUCCCAGCAUUCAUUCAGAUAUCCUGCCCUUCUUGAGGUUCAUCCUUGGCCCAUCCAUCACUUCGCUGAUUAUAUCUCCAAUGAACACUGGUUACAUCGGUGAUUGUAGCUUAGAAGCCAGUCUACCCACCCUUUGUCCACGGCUCAAACAUCUUGAGUGGAAAAAUUUCUCCGACAUCGAUGAGGACGAGGACGCAGGGUCAGCUUUCAUAUCAGAGGCCGUCACUUCCCUCACAGAACUUGAGACAUUGGUGGCUCCACUCAACGGGCGCGCUUUACAACGCCUGUCAUCUCUCCCCUCACUCCGGUCACUGGAUGUGACUCUCAUGGCGCCAUCGGUGUCAGAACCACAUCCUGCUCUUCACGAGCCUGCGUUUCCCAGCGUCUAUCGUAUCAGGUUCACUAGUUAUUCCUUGUCAGACAUCGCCGACUUCGUUCGCACUGGUCACUUCUCCUUGGCUGUCUUCUCGGCCCAGGCGAGUGGAUCUAACUCAGAAUCCUUCGACGAUCUCUGCACUGCCGUGUCUUCUAAUGUCGACAAUUCAGCUCUGAAGUUUCUAGACAUAAUGGCGGAAGAUGACCACUUUUCUUUAUCAGAAUCAACUCUCAAACGAAAGGCCUUCCAGCACCUCCUUCAGUUCCAUAACCUCGUCGGGGUUUGCGUGGAUACAGCGCAUGAAAUACAACUUGACAACGCUUCUCUCCUGCAAAUGGCAGAGUCUUGGCCUGUGCUGGAGUCUCUCGAAAUCAACCCUCGUAAGGGCUGGGGCAGGCGCUCAUGCAUAACGCUCCACGGCUUGCGCACGAUGCUGAAGCGACUCCCAAAACUCACAACGCUUGCCAUCGCCAUCGACGCCCAAGCCGUCAAACUGCAUAUCACCGAAGAUGACCAGUAUGGGCAAUAUCAGAUCACAAGGCCCUUCAAGCUCAAUGUGCUGGACUCGAGAAUAGGCUGUAAUCACGCAGAGGUGGCCGCUUUCCUGUCGGACCUUUUCCCGGUGAUAGACAAGAGGUCCGACUUUUCCUACUUCCAAUUUUCUACCGACGUGCUCGAGCAGAUGGAUGAUGAUUGGACGAAGUAUUGUAACAGGUGGAAUCAUGUGUUACAAACCCUCCUGGUCAUGAACCGGGUGAUAAAAAGGAAGGCGCUCAUCAGCGGAAGCGUAUGGCUAGUGUAG